AUGAAUGUAAAGGGUCAUGUAACGUUAAAGAACUUUUUUAUAUUUAAUUCAAAUUAUGGCCCACGAGAAGGGGAGGAAGAGAAGAAAACUUUGUAUUUCUUUCCAAGUACAACAGAUAUUGAUUCACAGAUUAAAGCUAUUGGACUUUGUGAGGCUGUAGUCAAAUUUACAGAGACAUUUUCUGAUAAACCAUGUGAAGCAUUGCACACACAAAAAACCAAACAGUUGUUUUUAGAAGCUGAACCAGAUUUUUGGAUCAUCAUGACUGUUGCUGUACCCUUCAGUAAAAAAGAAAAAGAUGAUCAAUCUUAUUAUGAAUACAGAGAAGAAGAUGUUCAAAAUUCAGUUUAUAGAGCAGUAUUAUUACAAACAUAUAAAAUGUUUAAGUUAUUUAAUGGAACAUUUGUAAAUAUAUUGGAAAGAUCAGGUGGAGAUAUUAGUAGUUUAAAACAUAGAUUAGAACACUUUUAUUCUAGAUAUUUAUUAACAUUGAAGUUACACCAGAGUGAUUUAUUAGAUGUAUUUAAUGGUAUAUCAUUUUUACCAUUAGAUAAAAAUACUUAUUUACAAAUACAGUGUUUAAUAAAUAGAUUAGAGGCUUUAUUUCCUACUAUCAAAUAUACAGCAUUCCUUUAUAAUGAUCAGUUAGUCUGGAGUGGUCUAGAACAAGAUGAUAUGAGAACAAUGUAUAAAUAUUUAACAACUAGUUUAUUUCCAUCACAUUUAGACCAGGAAUUACAUGGUAGUUCUACUAGAUCUUCAAUGACAGCUCCCGGUGGAACCCACUUCGGAAAAUUUGUAACUGGCCCAAGUAAUCUAGAUGACAGUAGUUCACUGGGAAAGGUACCUAGAGUAUUUAUACAGUCAGACACAGAAAAUGAAGAAUGUUAUUUAUUAGUUUAUAAAGCUUUGAGUGCUUCAAUAUGUAUGCUUAUCAGUGUUAAUAGCACAAUGAAUUUCGACUUCUUUAGAACAGUUGAUGGUUUUUUAGGUGCUCAAAUGAGUAAAGUAGCAUCUGAUAUAAGUGAACAAUAUCCAAGGAAAUCUGUUGCAAGCAAUACAGAUCCUCAGUUUAAAUAUGUAUAUUUUAAUCAUAUGAAUUUAGCUCAGAAAACAACAGUUCAUAUUGAUAUUAGAAAACUAUCAGGUGUUAACAUUCCACAAGAAACUUUACGAUUAUUAGGUGAUAUUAAUUCAGAUUUAACCAGGGAUAAUGAAGACGGUGAAACAAUAGUCAAAACAGCCUCAGAUUUCUGGGUAGUAGGUAAGAAGUCAGAUCAAAGAGAAUUCUAUGUUGUUAUCAAUCAAAAGAAUGCCAACUUAAUUGAAAUUAAUGAGGAAGUAAAGAAAUUAUGUUCAACUCAUCUAAACAGUAUAUUUUUCUUGGACUGAAAGAAGACAAUUCCUUAGACUUUUUGUUAUUUUGUUAUUUAUCUUGAAUUGUAUGUAUAUCACUCUAAGUGGAUAAUGUGCAAUAAAGACUUUUUUAUAUCCUAGAAAAC